AUGUUAACGCAAGAGGAUCUUUGUUUUCUGGAAAAUGAGCUUCCAUUCGAGGAUAAGGUUUCGUUGUUAUUUCUUCUGUACGGCCACCGCAAUCCCAACUAUGCCCUGCAACUCUGGACCGUGGCCGCCCGAGCACCCGGACAAGAGACAAGCUUUCUGGUGGACUGGAUGACCAGCGUGAGAUUCGCGGGAUGGGAAGAGGAACUGCUCGAAGCGCUAUCGAUUCUGGAACAAAAUACGUUGCUGCUUCGCGCCGGAUUCGAUGACGAUCUGCUACGGUCGCAAUAUUUCCCCCGUACGUCCGAAGUGUCGCUAAACGUUCAUCCGCUGCUGAAAGGGUUGUACCAUUUCUGUGAACGACUGGACGACGAAUGUGCCCGCCGGCUGAUCAAACAGUUGCGGCCGGCGCUGGGAGAAACUCCCGUCGACGAGAUGUGCCUCGAGACGGUUCUCCUCCGACUGCUCGCCAACGGAGCGAUUCGGUUGGGUUCGAAAAGCGAUUCCAUCGAGUGCGAUCUGUUGACCCUGAUCGCUGCCUGCAAAGCGGCCGAGCUGUACGAUGAAGGCGACUUUUUGAAGGGCAUUUCGGAGCACUUUAAUCAUUUCGUACCGAAACGAUUGCAGGAACAAUCCGAUGCUAGUUCGAAAGUUACUUCCAAACCUUUGCCGCUUCACCCGAGUGCCGCAUCGACAACGGUGGCGUCUCCUGAGCGAUCGGUGCGUGUCGCUGGCGCGUUGGAAUGCUACCACUUCGUGCCGGAGCGGGCCGGAAUAGUUUUACUGGUCAAUCAGUUCAGUUUCUAUCGGGAGAAAAAUCCCGAACUCACCGAGCUGCUCCCGGCAAAACCGCUCAAGAACCGCAAAGGAACUGAAGUGGAUAAAAAAGCACUUGUGAAGCUGUUCACUCACUUUGGCUACGAAAUGGUGGUGGAGGAGAACAUGACCCACCAGGAAAUUUUAAACUGCGUCCAGCAAACAGUUCAAAAGAUCGAUCCUUCGCACUGCUCGCUGGUCGUCUGUCUUCUGUCGCACGGCCAGGAAGGAAAGGUUUUCGGAUCCAACAGCAUCCCGGUGGAGGUAAAGACCAUUCAGGGGAUGAUGGCUAGCGACCGCCUUACCGGCAAACCCAAGCUGUUGAUCGUACAAGCGUGCCAAGGUUCGGAGUUACAGUCCGCUGUGCCGAUAGCCCGGCUCGAGCAUGAUGGCGCAGAAGGUGACGCCCGGACGGCGUCGGUCUUUAUGGAUUUUCUGGUCGCUUGGUCUACCGUUCCAGGGUUCGCUUCGGUGCGCCACAUCGAGAAGGGAUCGUGGUUCAUUCAGGAACUCUGCACAAAGUUGCAUCAACUACACCAAAGCGAACAUUUUGCGGAUAUUCUAACGGCCGUGAUAGACGAUGUGUCCAGCAAACGAGGCUACGGCAACGAGUGCAUGGUGCCGAUUGUGCAAAGCACAUUGAGCAGAAAGCUUUACUUCCGUAAACAAACAAAUUGA